AUGUAUGCCAAGAUGUUUUGGUCCAUAUUCCUCCCGCUUUUAGCAUCAGCAGCCACUCUCGGGUCCCGCGAGGACGUGGCGUCUACGAGAGACGAACAAAUCGGCGACAAAGACAAAACCGCAAUAUGUACUACCGACUAUUCGCACCCCGACUAUAGCCCGGCCUACGAGGAUUGUAAACAAGCCCUCGAGGGCGGCUUGUUUCGAAGGGGCUACUCACAGCAUACCCAGGCUUUCGCAAAGAAUGACUGCACUAUACAGUGGGUCUACGAGACCUGUGGCAUUGCAAUCUGUGGAAAUCAUGUGCAGAUGUGGUCUGAGGAGUUGUAUGCCCAAGCCAAGACAAUUCUCACCUCGUGUCCUCGGGAGUACAACGGCAAAUUCUACGUUUCCGGACAAAUGCACUACAGAGACUCCAAAGCUGGCACGUGGCAGAUCGCUAUGUAUAACCGUGGAUAUCAACCUGACGGCCCUGGUGACAACAUCAAGGAAGAUCUCCGAAAAAGGCGUCUGUCGUCCAUCUCUUCGAUGAGCAACGACAUUGCAAACGAUGACGGAGAUGGAGGGACCUGCCGGUACAGGACGGACCUCCAGAAAAGAUUACCGGAUGGAGUUGUGCCCGGCUACCCUUUGAGAUGGGUCGCUCUAGGAGGCACCUGGUCGGCGAUCAAUGCGGUAGGGAUGGACACCACCACGCUCAUCAAUGGCCUACACGCAAAUUUUGGACAGAACUAUCUUUCUCGGUCAGUGUACACCUUGGGCGCCCGCUGGUGGACAAUGCAGAUAUCGACCGUGGCUGGAGCGCUUCUCAAUCCGAAUGCCGGCCCAAACUCCCUUCACAUCACUCCCGUCACCCCGAUCGCCACGGUCGUCAACUCUCAAACACUCAUCGCCGUCGUCAACACGCUGUUCGCCUACUGGCAGUCCACUGGUCAUGACAACGGACAGGCAUUUCAACUGCACAGAAUUAACGACGAUGGUAGCGUCGGUGAUGCUCUUCUGUGGGCAUAUGGGGCGUCUGGCUGA